GUGUUUGUUGCACCGUGUCAGUUACAUUGUAACAAAAGUGGUGCAGCCGCUCUCAGGGCCAGCACUCUAGGCCCGCCCGCCGUCAGCUGUCGCCGACAUGGAAUCCGUGGCCAGCAAUAUCCAGGUCCUGCUGCAGGCGGCGGAGUUCCUAGAGCGCCGUGAGAGAGAAGCCGAGCAUGGCUAUGCGUCCCUGUGCCCGCACCGCAGUCCAGGCCCAGUCUACAGGAGGAGGAAGCGAUCCCCCCAAGCUUCUGGCGCGCUGGACAGUGGGCGGUCUGUGCACAACGAGCUGGAGAAACGCAGGAGGGCCCAGCUGAAGCGGUGCCUGGAGCAGCUAAAACAGCAGAUGCCCCUGGGGGCUGACUGUGCCCGCUACACCACCCUGAGCCUUCUGCGCUGGGCCAGGAUGCACAUCCAGAAGUUGGAGGAGCAGGAGCAAAAGGCGAGGCGGCUCAAGGAGAAGCUGCGCAGCGAGCAGCAAAGCCUGCGGCAGCAGCUGGAGCAGCUCCGGGCACCAGCAGGGCUGGGAGAGAGGGAGCGGCCACGGGCAGACAGCCUGGACUCCUCGGGCCUCUCCUCUGAACGCUCAGACUCAGACCAAGAGGAGGUGGAGGUGGACGUGGAGAGCCUGGUGUUCGGGGGCGAGGCUGAGCUGCUACGGAGCUUCAGCGCGGGCCAGGAACACAGCUAUUCACAUGGCAGUGGCACCUGGCUAUGACCUUCACCACCCCCCAAGCCUCAAGAGCUGCUUGGAAUGGACUAAAAGGACCCUUACGUGGGAAGAGGUGCCUGCCCCCCACCCUGCCGCUGGCUGCUGGCAGUCCCUCCUUGGGGAGGGGUGCCUGGGUUUCCCCUGAGUCCUGCAGGGGAGGCAGCUUGGGCCUAGGCCACCCUUCCAGGCCUUUUUUUGUAGCACUUGGCUCUGCUGUCCCCAGGGAGGGGCAGGAAGCCUCUUGGGCCCUCACAUUCCUUUCUAGAGAAGGCCCCCUGACCUUUAUCCCAGAUACUGUACAGUAUUUUCAUUAAAAGCCUCUUUACUAA